AUCACGAGUUGCAUCAAGGUAUGAAGCGGUUAUUUUUUAUCUUAUACAUUGGAUCAUGUGUUUGCGCUACCUUUCUAAUUUUGACAUAUGCAAUGUUUCGAGAAAUAACGGUUUAUUUGUGUUCCAUGGAUUGUUUGAAAAAUAAAUAUCAGUUACAAAAUUUAUAAAUUCACUAACGUAUGAAGUUCAUCAGUAACAAAAAGUUAGAAAAUGCCAAGAAUACCUGAAUUUUUGAUUUCGUCACUAAAAGAUGUCCUUGAUCAAUUUUAUUUCUUAUCCUCCUGUGAUCUUGUCAGAUUUUGAACUAAAUAAGGUUGUUUUCUCUCAAUUGUUGAGAUACUUGGAAUGUCCAUCAAUAAGAGUAUUUCCAAAUUUUACAAGCCCGUCAGCUAUAAAUUAACUCCAGAAAUGGCUUUUAGAGACUGUGAGAAUCCGUCAAACUUAAACAUUCAAGCCUUUUCAAGUGAUUCUGGAUCUUCCUUCAACAGGUUAGGCGCUACUGGUAGAUUAGAUAACACGGAUACAUUUUGCACAAAAAACCAUACUACAGCUAAUGAAGUUCAAUUCGGGCUGUCCGAUGAGAGUAGCAGCACUUCUCUUUCAUCUUCCUCUUCUGAUAUAAUGAGCUCUAGCGUGAUUGAAGGUAAGUGCUGUGAAGAACACCUAUCCCUCACACGAGAAAUGGCAAUAAGGCUCUUGAAAGAGUACGUCAAAAACCUGAAGGACUUUUCCUCUAUGAUGAGAGAAAAACAAUCAACAACUUUGAGAGAUACUUCCACCUCGCCGAUACAUUCACCUGUGUUAGACAGUUAUGAUAAACAAAAAUGGGCAAUAAAACGAGAUACUCAGAAUUCUGAUAACACGGUCAGUCGUCAACGACCUUCUUCUAUGUUGGGAGUAAGCCAUACGCAUCAAACGUCAUACGAUCUUGCUCAAAACGAUCGAACUAAAACUUCAUCGAGUUUCUAUAGCUCUUUGGAUCAUGUUAUCGACAUACCAGUUGCUUUCAUGAAGAAGCAAAACUUCACAGCACGUAGCGUCUGUAAGGUCAUAAAGCAGCCAGAUAAUCCAGGCAAUUCUUUGGAAAAGUCUUACUCUACUAAGAUCGAUAAACACAAUUGGUUUAACAAAAAUAGCUUAGAUUCAGAUGAUUCCGGUCAACAAACACCAGUGAAUUUUGAGCCAGGUCUGCAGACUGCUGUGUUAAAAUCAGAAAAACAUUAUCAGCUUGAGAAAGAUCCUGGAAACUCAGUGCCUAUACUUUCAUCUACCAGUGCAUUAGAUAACAAUCAAUCUUCAAAAGAUUGUAAAAAGGAGACACAAAAACACUUGGAUAGAAUCGUUGUGCUGCCACCACAACCUGAUAUUCUGAAAUUCGAAAGACCUCAUAAACCUAAUGUUAUAAUUGUGGAUGAAAGACUAAAUGGAGAGGGUAUUGUUACAGAAAAGCAGUGUGAGGCAGCUCUUAGUUCAUCGAACCAGGUGUUUCACACGCAAAUAUCCUCUGACUUCUCAAGAACGGAAAGACUAAGAAUAAAAUCACCCAGUCCAUCAUACUCCAGUUCAGUUGGAUCAUCCGCAAAUUUAUUUCACUCAACUCCUUCGAGGCCAGAACUUCAUUCUAGUCCUACAUCACAAGCGAAAACAUAUCAUUCAGGCGCACUAAGGUCAAGUUCUGUACAGAGAGUUAUACCGCAUUCUUCUAAAGAAACUUUGUGGAUCAGAAAUUCAUAUAAUACACCGUCCCAAAAUCCAUACAGGAGUUUAGUUAAAAGUUCCUCAAGUAUACCUUUAAGUGGAACUCCAAGUUACUCGGACUCUGUCUUACCUAAGAUUACUUCACCAUUCUCUCAAAACAUGUCCACUCCCAACUGUAAUGAUUAUGUGGAAUCUAAUGGCAACCAAUUACCUAAACAUGUAUUGAGCAAAACUGAUUUCAGCAACACCAAGUUCAAUAACAAUUAUAAAACUGAUCAUGUAACAGAAAUAAAUAAAACACCUCAUUGGUCUGCUGACUCAAGAUUUUCCAUAAAUAAUUAUUCGAAGGCUAGUCAAAAUGGCCUACUAAAUCAUAUUAGUCAUCCAUCGAUCAAAAUAUAUACAGAAUCUGAAGUUCAAUCUGUUCCAACACAUAAUGAAUAUCCUUUUACAAAUGAAACCAGCAAAACUGAGCCUAUUCGAACGAUAGAUGAAACUCUGAUUUUUGGAAGGGGAACAAGAACACAAAUAGUGACUGAAGAUUCCGCUCUGUCUCCAAACAAAUUAGCUAACAAACAUGGAUUUUGGUCUAAUUCAAAUCAAAUUCCACCUACUGUUUCACAACAGAUGAACCCAUCCACAAAACAACAGGAUAACGUUUCUUCAUAUAAAAGUGAUUUAUUUUACCGAAGAAAAUCUGAUAAAAUAAUACAAACAGAUGAUUUUGAUGAUGAUUCAUGGAUAACUGGAAGCUUAGAUUCUCCAAAUAAUCAGGAUUUAGAAAUUUCAUGUGAACCAGAAAUUCCAUCGCCAGUUGACGAACCAAACCUUCAAACUUGGACUCUGUCUUUGCAAAGUAUUGUAAGACCAACGGAGUCAGAAAGCAUUUUACCUAAAGCAAACGAAAUUAGUUGUAUGGAACAUAUUAAUGUACACAUUGAAAAAACAAAACCAAGUGAAAGCAAAAUACAGCCUAAUUUAGAAUGUCACAGAGAGCUAUGGCGUCGUCAUUCACUACGUAUUAAUCCUUCAGAAUCUGAUAAUCAUCAAACAACACAACGAAAUUUAAAUCAGUUCAAUGACCGCCCAAAUCAAAGACUUUCUUUACCCCGUAAACCGAGAAACACUUCACGAUUUAGUAUAGGGAGCUCAAGUGAACUUGAAACUCCAAAAUGUCGUAGUGUACACUUUUCAAAUGAUGUUUUAGUGGCUCACACUGGCUCAGGACCAGAACCUCUACUACUAUCUUCAGCUCCUCUAAAAGAACCAGCUUCAGAUGAUGAGCAAGGACAAAAUGGAAAGCCAAGUUACUUCACGAAACUUUCAGUUGACUGCGGUCAUAAUAUGUCAAAUUUUUCGAAACCUCCUAAAUCUCGAACAAAUAUAAACAGACCUUCAGCUCCAUUACCUUUUCGUCGACAAUUUGUUCUUAACACUUCAAAUAAUGUCAAUUCUUAAGUGACAAAUAAAUACAUGAUGAAAGUGAUGUGUCGAUAUUUUUUUCUGAUUUUGUCACUAAAGGUUCAUUGAAUCCUACUACCUAAAUAACAUUUAUUCACGUUUAAAACAAUAACAAUUGAAGAAGAAAUCAUUGAUGCCCAUGAAGUAUUCAGUUUUUGCUUAUUUCACUUGAAUCAUCACAGUCAUCUCAUAUUCCCCAAUUUUAGUGCCUUGAGCAAUGCUAUUAAUUUUACUACGCUAUUACUCAUUAACUGAUUGUGUGCAUUUCGAAUCAAAUAUGCUCUUUUUGUUAAUUUUGAUUAUCCAGGGUUAUUUAUAAUUCUGAAUUUCAUCUUAAGCUUCAUUUAUCUCUAUUUUCUUGUUGCAAUACAUGGUAGAAAUGUUUAUUUACUUAACUAUUUAUCUAAUAGUCUAGACUAACAAAUAGGUCCCACACAAUACUUAUAUCUGACAGUUUCAAAACUCAACUCAUUUGAAACUGUCAGAAAGUAUUAGAUAAAUUUUGUCAUAUUGAAUUAAUGAGUUAUGCCUUCAGAUUCUUAAAUCAAAGCAUUUAACAUUUAUAAGUUACAUUAAUAUAGUAUGUAGGCACUAUAUGUAUAUGUCUUUACUAUGGCAGUGUUUAUUUUUAUGGUUCUAUUACUCUCUCACUUCACUUAACCUUCUUUCACAACUAACUAUAGUAUAAAUAAUAUUCAUUUUGUUUGUUUUCAUUUUACUAUCAUUUGUACCACGAUAUAUUUGUGUCAAAAUGAUUGUCUAUCACAGAUUCAGAUAAAAAAAAUAUUAUUCACACAAAAUUUAGUUCAUAUAAUUAUGUAAAUGUUGAUAAUGAUAAUUUUGCUGUAUUGUGUUGACCAUUUUUACUCAUGAUUUUAAUGAAUAAACAUAGGUAAUUAG